CUCUGCGCAUGCGUACACGGGGCCGGAGAGGGACACGGGACAUUGGACUUUAAAGACGCUUAAACUCGGUCUGGAUUUCGGGAUUUGGACACAGUUCCGCUCGUGCCUGUGUCUCCGGUCUGUCCUCCAGCGCUGGGACCGUGGACACUCGCGGGGACACGGAGGCUUGAGCUGUGUGUCCGCCAGGGGACGCUCUGAGACAUGGCGGAGGACACGGCGGAGGACACGGAGGACUGAAGCCACUGUCCCCCGCGUGUUUCCCGGUGACAGGACCCGACAGGAGCCCGAGAGGCACAGAGAUGAGGGGGUCUGGAUCAUGCAGGUCUGUGGGCGGGUCUUGAGGAUGUACCGGCUCUGCGGCGGAGGGGGCGUGGCCGGGGCCGGACCUAAACCGCAGAUGGGCGUGGUUUUCCCUCACUGCCCGCCCCCAGCGUUACAUCAUCAGCUCGGCCACGCCCCCGUGCGCAGAGCCCCGCCCCCAACCCGGAAGAAGACCUGGAGCUUCAUCCAGGACCUGAGCUACGACACGUUCUUCACCAUGAAACGACUUUUGGAACGCUCGCGGCGCCCGGACGAGGUGCUGCGGUGGAUUUCUCAGAAUCCGUCUAAAGUUUCCCAGAGUCACCUGGCGGUGGCGCUGCAGAGAAUCGCUCAGCUGUUACCGGCUCCGCCCCCCGCAGCGGAGGCCACGCCCACCACCGCUGAGGCCCCUCCCCCUGCGUCGGAGGGGGGCGGGGCUAAGGACAGGAAGCAAACGCUGGAGCAUGAGGACUUCCUGUCUCUGUGCGACGCCAUCGUCCGAGACUGCGGCAAAUUCGACAACUACAGCCUCGCCACGGCGCUGUACGCCGCCGCCACGCUGGGUCUCAGUCCGGACUCGUCUCUCGUCGUGUCUCUGGAGGACGAGUGUGAGCGUCGUGUGUCUCACUUUAAUCAGAAGGACCUGUCCAUGGUGUUCAGCUCCGUCAUGAGACUGCACCACCGGCCCCACCUGCACCUGCCGCAGCCGCACCUGUCACAGCACCUGUCAGAGCCCCUGAAGGAGGCGUGUGCGGUGGAGCAGGGCCCCGAGACUCCUCCCCCAGCCCAGCACGAGGCUCCUCCCCCGGGUGCAGCUCCUCCCCUAGACACGGCUCCUCCUCCCCCAAGUGUGGCUCCUCCUCCUUUGGACAUGGCUCCUCCCCCAGAUGCGGCUCCUCCUCCCCCAGAUGCGGCUCCUUCCUUGAGCGUGGCUCCUCCCCUCAGCGUAGCUCCUUCCUCGCCCGCGGCUCCUCCCUCAGCUGUGACUCCUCCUCCUCCGACCGUGACUCCUCCUCCCUCAGCUGUGUCUCCUCCUCCUCCAACCGUGACUCCUCCUCCCUCGCCCGUGGCUCCUCCCCCUUCAGCUGUGGCUCCUCCCCCUCUGCUCGUGGCUCCUCCUCCCUCGCCUGUGGCUCCUCCCCCUCCGCGUGUGGCUCCUCCCCCGGGCGUGGCUCUCACCGAGGCGUGUCUCUCGGGUCUGGAGCGGAGUCUGGAGCGAGAGCGUCACCCGCAGACGCUGUUCCUGCUGCUCGCCUACUACAGGGGGCGCUGGAGAGAACUGCACAGCCAAUCAGAGCGCAGCACCAAGGACACGCCCACAGCAGCAGCCAAUCCAGAACUACUGCUCACAAACAGGAAGAUCCUGCGUGUGGUCAAACACACCCUGUCGUGCGUCAGCGCCGUGCGGGACCAGGAGAUGGCGCUGUUGGACGAGAUGUUGGCGGCGUGUGCGGCCGAGGCGAGUAACCGCAGCCUCGAGCUCAUCUUCAGCUCCCACCUGUUCCACCAGAGCCGACAGGAGCGCUUCAUCGCCCGCCUGGCAGAGGAGCUGCCGUUCAAAGCCGACGCUCUGAGUCCGAACACGAUGUCGCUCAUCGCCAAAUACGCCGCACGACACCGACUCCGAGAGACACGCCUCCUGGAGACCGUCGCCGAGUACCUGCUCAAGAGGGCGGAGCUACUGGACAUCAAGGUGAUCCAGAGGCUGGUGUUCCCGUUGAGUCGGAUGAACUAUCGCCCGCAGAGGGCGCUGGAGCUGUUCCAGCGUCUGGAGAAAGUUCUAGAGUCUAAAGCUCUGAGUUCUCCUCUGGCCACGGUCAACAUCCUCAUGUCUCUGCUCCAGCUCCACCACUGCCCCCAGCGCCUCCUCCAGCACGUCUUCUGCCCCAGCUUCACCCACGGCCUCCACAAUAGUCCGUACGUGGGGAUCGUGCGUCGGUAUCUGUCUCUCCUGGACUCGGCCGUGGACCUGGAGUUUGAGGACUACAGAGGACCUCGCCUAAGCCCCGCCCACAAAGUCCUGAUGUUUGACCACGCCCUGACCGCCGACGAGGCCAACCGCAAGUACAGUUAUAAGGGUUUGGUGGGCGAGUCUCUGCGUCAGCUCAUCGGAGAAAAGAACUACAAACAAAACCAGAUCCUCCCCCCGGGAUAUUACACAGAUUUCCUGUUGUGGAUCGAUUCGUCUCAUCGUGUUGUUCCGAUUCGCUCAAUCAAACCAUGUGACCCCCCUGUCUGGCAGCUCGACUCGUCGGGACUCGACUCGUCGGGACUCGACUCGUCGGGACUGGUUCCUGAUUUCCAGAGGUUCUCGUUGGAGGCGGAGCCAUCGGGGGAGGAGCUUCCUGUUGUGGGCGGAGCUUGUCUGCAUCACGUGACCCCAUUUUACAGCACAGACUUUUACAGCGCCCCCAAAGGCCAGGAGCAGAUCUACAGGGUGGUCCUGUCGGUCAAUGAUAAGUGGCAUUAUUGUCAUAAUUCUCAGGUUCUGGUCGGGUCCAGAGCCAUGAGAGACCGACACCUGAGACUGUUGGGAUACACACUCCUACAGCUUCCUUAUUACGAACUCGAGAAACUCAACGGCAUCGAAGAGGUCAAAGGUUAUCUACAACAGAAACUCACCGAGCUGCCCCUGACAGGACCGCACCUGACUCUGUGACAGGACCGCACCUGACUCUGUGACAGGACCGCUCCCGUCUCUGUGACAGGACCGCUCCCGUCUCUGUGACAGGACCGCUCCCGUCUCUGUGACAGGACCGCACCUGACUCUGUGACAGGACCGCACCUGACUCUGUGACAGGACCAUGGAACAGUACUAAAAAUGUUUGAAUACGUCAACGUGGCUCCUGAUUGGCUGUGGCCCUGCAGCUGGACUCUGAUUGGCUGUGGGGCUGCAGCUGGACUCUGAUUGGACAGUGAUGUUUGUAGAGUGUGGUGGGAGCAGGGGCUGAUGGGAAAUGUAGUGUUAUUUAUUGAGAGUUUGUUUCUAUGAAUAAAUGUGUAAAGUUUAAAGAGAA